AUGGCAGCAAAUGGUAACAAAACCUACCACGUCUACAUACAAGCAAUUUCCUCUUCAGGACCUGGAAUUACUUCCGACAUGCUCGAAGUACCUUUUAUUGAAGAAGAAAUUCCUUUAGAAGUUUAUAUCGAGCUUCUCGAAAAUUAUGUCAAUAACUCAUCCGACAUUAUAGAACUAGAUCCUGGGGAAAAAGUUACGUUUAAAUGUUCUGCAUUUGGAAGCCCGUCUCCAACUUUAGCAUACUUUUGGUCAAACGGGACGUCGCUUGAAAGUCAGGAAAGAAAAAUAAUUGAAAACCUUAACGAAACACGGCUUUACAUGUGGGAGAGCAGUAUUUUGACGGAAUAUAUUUAUGAGUCGCAGGAGCUGUUCUGCGAAGCCAAAAAUGUUCUGGAAGUAAAAAAUGCGAGGGCUUCUUUUGUUGUCAAAAAGCCAGGAGUUGCUCCUAGUAAUCUUCGAUCGUCGAUCAGUAAUACUACUGAAGCAACUUUGGAAUGGGAUGAAGUGCAGUUUGGAGGAGAAAUUAUUACUGAAUACAGAGUUUAUAUCAGCCAGAAUAGAAGUGGUGAAAUGGAAAAAUGGCAAACAUUUAAUGUCCAGGGAACAAAACUUGACCUUUUCCGAAAGGAGGUUAUACCUUCCAGUAUCUAUUACUUUAAGGUUUCAGCUGUCAAUAAAUUUGGUGAAGGAAUACGUUCCAAAGAAGCAAAAUUUGUUACUGGAUCCGGUGCUCCGCGCGAUCCUCCAAAAGUUUUGGAAUCGGAAGAAACUAACAAUAACGUUCUUGUGCUUCUUUGGAAGAAACCGAAAUACACAAUUUAUUACACAAAAGACUUGCGACUCUCCGACGAUGAUUAUAAGAAUUGGAAUAGUGUUGAAGUCCUAAGCAAUUGUAGUAGCUGCAGCUAUAAAAUGACACAAGAAAAAGUUGGCAUGAGAAAAGAUGAGGAUUACCGCUACAGAAUUACCGCUUGGAACGAUGUGGCUGAGAGUAAACCCACAAAUGUCAAGUUUUUUGCCACUCUUGGUAAAGGUGAGUAUUGUAAACGGUAUUGGAGAAGGCAGAAUUGGAAUGCUUUACUUCCACUCUCUGACUGCAUCAGUAAUACUUUGGAGCAGUAUUUAAACAAAGCAGCUGUAACUAAGCAGUAA